AUGCCCACCAUAUACUCGUCGCUAUACGCGAACUUCAUCCGUCAAGGAUCGACAUUCGUCAAAUCCGCCACAGCACACGGUUACGCCCAAUCCGUCGUAGCCGCCACACAUCCUCACCUCCUCAACUCUCAGAACCGCCCAGUAUUCGGGCGUCGCCAUACCAACCGUCUUAGCCGCCUUUCGGCUCUCCAGCUCACAUCCGCCUUCCACACCGAUAAGUCUUCUUCGGCGGCCUUUGCCGACCCCAAGCAGACUUACAGCCAUGGAGGUUUAGACGGCUACUUCGAGGCUCUCAAGAGCAAGGAGUCGGCCGGCGAGGAGCUCGACAAUGAGUGGACUCAAUAUGAGUUCCCCAAGCGUCUAGAAUGGAAGCCCAGCUCCUCCACAGUCCUGACGAAUCAGGAGGAGCUGGCCGCAGGUGCUGAGAAGGCCUCCGACGAGGUUGCCCCCUCACGUCCCAUGACACCUGAGGAGCAGGCAGCCCUCGCUCACAUCGACGCCGCAUUGGAAAAAGAGGUAGAGCUCCGAAGGCAAGCCGAGGAGGAAGGAAUCGACGAGCCCGUGCUCCGCCCGAGGACGGCUACACCAGGCUCCCUGGGCCGCUCUGCCACGCCCCCGGUCGACCCCCAGUCCCAGUCCUACGCCGACCACCUUGACAAACUGUCCGCCGCUGGACGCUAUGCCGAGAUUCCCGCCGUCUUCGAGGCCAUGCUGGCCACCGGUGUCAAGCCCAUCGCCGGCUCCUACAAUGCCCUGCUCGUCGCCGCCAUCCACAUCCCCAGUCAGAAGAGCGAGGUCGUCUCCAAGGCCCUCGACGUCUACACUGACAUGGUCCGCAGGCGCGUAUCCCCCGAUGCCGACACAUACAAUAUACUUGUCGGUCUGCUGGCUUCGCGCUCUCUCGAAGUCUCAAGCUUGAUGUCGGGACUCAAGGAGAAGCUGGCCCGCUUCGGUGGCAUGGACGAGCCCGGCAAGUUCAUGCUCGCCUCGCACGAGUUUGAGUAUGCCAUCCUCUCAGAGGACGACCGCCUCGACCUCGCCAUGAAGCUGUUUGACAGCUCCAUCGACGCCGACAUGGCCCUCUACACGGCUGAGACGUACCAUCAGCUCAUCUGCGCCUGCGCCCAGGCUGGUCGCAUUUCCGACAUGCUCCGUCUCUUUGAGCACAUGGAACUGGCCAAGACGGCUCCCUUCGCGGCCGUCUUCCCCGCCAUGAUCUCCGCCUUCGCCAGCUCGGGCGACCUCGUCAGCGCUGUCGAGUGCUACAACGAGUACCGCGCCCUUGCCAUCGCUGACGACAUGGGCAAGACGACCCUGCACGACCGCCUGGACGCCCAGGUGUACGCUUCGGUCAUCAACGCCUAUGUCAUCUCCGACAAGAUUGAGGGUGCCAUGAAGUUCUUCCAGAAGAUUGUCGGUGAGUAUGGUGUCCGUGCCAUCGACAUCAAGGAUGCCCUAGUCAGCGCCGGCUUCGUCAAGGGCUUCCUGACCCGCGGCAUCUACCAAGAGGCUUUCUACUGGGCUCAGUCUGUCACUGCCAGGGGCGCCUCCAUGAACGAGAUUGCCACGGCUGCUGCCGACAAUGGUGAUGUCGAGACUGCCCACAAGGCCUACGCCCACAUCCCCUCCGGGUUGGACGCGACGUCGGCCUCGAUCGCCAUGCUGGCCAUGAGCGUCCGCCAGGGAGACGUCGCGUCCGCCGCCAAGUUCUGGCACGUUCUCUCCGCACCCGAGACGCCCGUCGAUGCUGCCAUGAUUGAGCCCACCACAAUGUACGCCGUUGCCCUGAUCGGUUCGGGCCAGGUGGCUGAGGGUCUUGCCCAGUCUGAGGUCAUGUUCCAGAAGAUCCGUGCCUCACGGCCCGAGCUUGCCGAGGAGGUUGAAGAGGGUGUCGAGUUCAUCGCCGAGUACAUGGCUGCCCGCGCCAUCGCGGACCCCCGCGAGCUUACCUCGCCUGUUUCGACGCAGCCCCAGCAGUCUAUGACGUCCUCACCCUUCUUGUCGACCCCUACCACUGCCAGCUUCGAGGACAGCUUCGACCCUUAUGCCCACAGCACCGACUUCAAAGGAUCAUCGCUCAUCGCCGACGACAUCGAGGGCAGUCACGGACGCAAGGGCCCUCGCCUCGGUGAUGCCAUGAACCGCUUGAGGAACAUGCGCCGUGCUGGAAGGCACCCGCGCUACAUCACCUACGCCAAGCUCAUCUCGGCCGCCGCUCGCGAGGGCAAGAUGGAACAGUGCCAGGAGAUCCUCUCCAUGGCUCGCUCCGACGUGCCCCUGAUGCCCCAGUACGCUGUUGUCCGCUACGGGUGGUCCUCUAUCCUGGACGCCAUGGUCGGUGCCUGCCUCAGCGUGGGCAACCGUGGCCGUGCUGAGCAAUACCACCAGGAGCUGCUGGACAUGGGCUCCGCCCCUUCUGCCAACACUUUUGGUCUGUACAUCACGACGCUCAAGGAGUCGACCAAGACAUUCGACGAGGCCACCGAGGCCGUGCGCAUCUUCCACCGCGCGCAGGCUGAAGGUGUCGAGCCCAGCUCGUUCCUCUACAAUGCUCUCAUCGGCAAGCUGGGUAAGGCCCGCCGUAUCGAUGACUGCCUCUUCUACUUUUCGGAGAUGAGGGCUCUGGGAAUCAAGCCCACGUCGGUCACGUAUGGUACUGUGGUCAACGCCCUCUGCCGCGUCAGCGACGAGAAGUCUGCCGAGGAGUUGUUUGACGAGAUGGAGUCGAUGCCCAACUACAAGGCACGCCCCGCUCCCUACAACAGCAUGAUGCAGUUCUUCUUGACAACGAAGCGCAACAAGGCCAAGGUGCUCGCCUACUACGAGCGCAUGAAGGCCCGCGGCAUCGCCCCCACGGCUCACACGUACAAGCUUCUGGUUGACACGCACGCCUCGCUCGAGCCUGUGGACAUGGAGGCGGCCGAGGCCGUCCUCGCAGCCAUCCGCGCCUCUGGUCAGCACACGGAGCCUGUUCACUAUGCCUCGCUCAUACACGCCCGCGGCUGCGUCCUCCACGACGUUGACGGUGCCCGCUCCGUCUUCGACUCUGUCGCUCGCGGCGACGCCGAAGCGGCGGGUGUCCCUCUCAACGCCAGCCUGUUCCAGGCCCUCUUCGAGGCCAUGGUUGCCAACCACCGCGUGUCUGAGUCCGAGGGUCUCCUAGCGGACAUGCGCGCCCGCGGUAUCCCCAUGACGGCCUACAUAGCCAACACGCUCAUCCACGGCUGGACGGCCGACAAGAAGAUUGAGAAGGCCCAGGCCAUCUACGACAGCGUCAGCCGCGAGAGCCGUGAGCCGAGCACGUACGAGGCCAUGACUCGUGCAUACCUGGCUGUCGGCCAGCGCGAUGAUGCCAAGCGUGUUGUCGGCGAGAUGCUUUCGAGGGGAUACCCCAGCGCCGUUGUGAACAAAGUUCUCGAACUCCUCGGUCAGGAUGCCACUGCUUAG